AUGGGCAACGUGAUGGAGGGGAAGUCGGUGGAGGAGCUGAGCAGCACGGAGUGCCACCAGUGGUACAAGAAGUUCAUGACCGAGUGCCCCUCCGGGCAGCUCACCCUCUAUGAGUUCCGCCAAUUCUUCGGCCUCAAGAACCUGAGCCCUUCCGCCAGCCAGUAUGUGGAGCAGAUGUUUGAAACCUUUGACUUUAACAAGGACGGGUAUAUUGACUUCAUGGAGUACGUGGCGGCGCUCAGCCUGGUCCUCAAGGGCAAGGUGGAACACAAACUGCGCUGGUACUUCAAGCUCUACGACGUCGAUGGCAACGGGUGCAUCGACAGGGACGAGCUGCUCACCAUCAUCCAGGCCAUUCGAACCAUUAACCCCUGGAGUGACUUAACCAUGAGCGCCGAGGAGUUCACUGAUACAGUGUUUGCCAAGAUCGACAUCAACGGGGAUGGGGAGCUGUCCCUGGAGGAAUUUAUGGAAGGCGUCCAAAAGGACCAGAUGCUCCUGGACACGCUGACCCGAAGCCUGGACCUGAGCCGCAUCGUGCGCAGACUCCAGAACGGCGAGAAUGAGGAGGACGGGGCCGGCGGCGGGGCUGCAGAGGCUGCGGGCUGA